UCGUUGACUCGCACCGAUCCAUUCAAACGUACUUUGGCGCUGGGCCGUACAGAGCGCGCCCGCGUCGGUCCCCCACGCGGCAAAAUUUUUCUAAAGUUACUCGCCCCGACCUUACAUCUUACGCAGGUCGUUGACUAUGGCCGCGUAGUGUCGUGCAAGUCUCCCGCGAUUUGUUGUGCGCGACCUCGCCGAGCCCUCGCCGCAGUGAUUAUUUUGAUGCCUGUUGGUCCCAACCGUCGCCGCCAGUCCGUCUACUUUCGCUGCCAUGGGUGCCUACUUGUCAGAGCCGUUGACCGAAAAGGCAUCCAGUGAUGAAACCAACGAGUACCUCGAGUGCGGGCUCAGCUCCAUGCAAGGCUGGCGCAUGACGCAGGAGGAUGCACACAAUGCCGUUUUAAACUUCGAUGAUGGAACCUCUUUUUUUGCGGUAUAUGAUGGGCACGGAGGUCAUGAGGUUGCAGCAUAUUGUGCUGAGCAUCUCCCAAAGUUCCUCAAGAACAUGGAUCAAUAUAAAAAGGGGGAGGUUAUUGAAGCUUUAAAACAAGCGUUCUUGGGCUUUGACAAUACCCUUACCAAACCAGAAGUCAUCUCUGUUCUCAAGGAGUUAGCUAAAAGUGGUGAAGAUGGACAGUCAACAGAUGACGACGAUGAUGAUGAUAUGAGCAAUCUCAAAGAAGAGGCUUCUAUGCCCAUAGAAGAACUUCUUGCCAAAUAUCAUAGUGAGGGUGGACUUGGCGGGCUGAAGAAGCUUAAAGAUGGGAGCAUACCUCCUUCUCCAGCUUUAAAACCCAAAAGAGGAACCAGUUCAGCUGCUGGUUGUUCAAGUUCUUCUGAUGGACCGUCUGCUUCAAGUUCAGGCUCUGGUUCAGGUUGCAGUUCAUCUUCAGCUAGUGCUGACCAAGUUUCAAGCUCUUCAGCAAGAGCUUCAAAUUCCAAUGAAGUAAACUCAAGCGAUGAUGUGCCAGAUACACAGACUAACAGCCCAUCACCAGAUGUAGGGUCGUCUGGUGAUGUUAAAAUCAAGGAUGAUAAAGAUGUUGGAUCAUCUGGUGAUGUUGGAGUUAAAUCAGAGAAGGCUGCUGAAGGAGUGAAAGAAGAGGCAGUUGUAUCCAGUGGAAGUAGCAGUUGCAAUGGUUCCUCCCAAAAUGGUGCUGUGGAUAGUACAGAGAAAAAAGAAGUAAAUGGAGAAGUAAAUCAUGAAAUUAAAAAGGAAGAGAGCGAUAGUUGUAGUAAAACUGAUGCAGUGUCUUCUAGUUCGCCAUCCAAAGACUCUUGCACAAAUGGUGAAGUAUCUCCAAAGCAAGAAGUUCGAGUGAAGGGCAAAGGCAAGGCAAAGGACAAAUCCCCUCGCCCUGAUCCUGAAGCUGAGGAGGAAUCCCUCAAACGACCAAAGAUGCAGCGACCAACUAGGGUCAGCACUCUUCAGAUGUAUCGCAAUCUCAUUAAAGCUUCAAAGAUAAUAAAUGAUGAUUCUGAUGAUGACUCUGAAGAUGAAGACGAUACAACUUUUGAUGCUGGUGCUGAUGAUAGCGAUGAGGAUGUUGAUGAAGCAGCUGAAGAUGAGGAGGAAGAUGAAAGUGAGGAUGAAGAGGAAGAGAGCAUGGACGAAGAGGAGGAUGAAGAAGAAGAUGAGGAUUGUGAAGAGUUUGGAAUGGGUGGAAUGAAAGAAGAGCCUGGAGCUGAUAGUGGUUGCACAGCAGUUGUUGCCCUUCUUAAAGGCAGAGACUUGUAUGUGGCAAAUGCUGGUGAUUCACGAUGUGUGGUCUGCCGCAAUGGAACUGCAAUUGAAAUGAGCCUCGAUCACAAACCAGAAGAUCCUCUUGAGUGGCAACGUAUUCUCAAUGCUGGCGGCAAAGUAACAUGCGAUGGGAGAGUGAAUGGUGGGCUCAACCUUUCACGUGCUAUAGGUGAUCAUGCUUACAAGCAAAAUAAAGAGAAGUCUGAUACUGAGCAAAUGAUUACGGCUUUACCUGAUGUUAGGACCUUAAGAAUCAAUCCAGAUGAAGAUGAAUUUAUGGUUUUGGCCUGUGAUGGCAUCUGGAAUUAUUUAUCAAGCCAAGAAGUGGUUGAUUUUGUCCGUAAGAGGAUUCAGGAUGGAAAACUCAUAGUUUCCCAGAUUUGUGAAGAGCUCUUUGAUCACUGUCUGGCACCCAACACCUUGGGUGAUGGUACUGGUUGUGAUAAUAUGACUGCUGUCAUAGUUAAAUUCCGGCCAGAACUUUCCAAGCUUCCUGUCACCCUGACUAGUGACAGCGUGUUUGAAAAUCCAGUCAAGAAUGAGAAAGCGGACCCAGCUUCUGAAGCUGAAGGAAAAUGCAAGGUGAAAGCUGAAGUUGAUGGCAUUAAAGAAGAGAGCAAAGAAGUACCUAGUGAUGAAGUGAGCACAUCAAAUUCAGCUAAAAGAGCUGCAACUGAAAUAGAUGGUUCCAAUGGUGCAGAGCAUGAGCAGCCCGAAAAGAAGAUCAAGAAAGAGUCUGAGGACACUGCUGCUAGUUCUUCAUUAGACUCUGAAGCUGUUGCAGUUCAAGUGUAAUUUAUAGAUGCUGAAAUGGGGUUUUGAAGUAACCCUGCAAAUGAGGUGGGAAAAGUUGAAGACUGAUUCUGAUGGCCAGUGGGGCCUUUCUAAGUGAACUGACUUUUGAAACUCAGUGUUCAGUGGGCUAAGUUUUUAGAGGGAAAUUUGUGAAGUGCACUCAGUGACCUUCUGUUAAUGUGGGCAUAUCAUAAAUUUUUCAAUUGGAAAAAUUUAAGACAUGCAUGCAUGUGUGAAUGUGAUGCUAAGUGUGAUUGUGAAUAUUUUGUGGAUGGAUGGAUGAAUGAAUUUAUGAAUGAAUGCAUGUAUGACUGAAUGUGUGUGAAGAGUAUCUGUGCCUGUAUGUUAAAUGAAUCCAAAACUUUGUAGGACUGUAGGAAUUUCCUUUGUUAAUUUUAUUCUUUAGAAUCCACAAAUCAAUCAUCCAUUUUUGAAUGGAUAGGGGCAGAGUGCAUAUUUUAAUGUCUGUAAACAAAUUAAACCUGGUUCUGUAUGUUUUAGUUUGGUGUAGUAAGUGUGCCUGUUUCCUUGACUUUCUUAUGGAGAAUAUUAUGUACUUUGCCCUGUACCCAGUGAGCUGGAAACAUAAUUUGCACUAAAUUAAUAUAAUUGGAGCUUUGAUAAACCAUGUACCUUAAAAGCUCUAUUUCAUCAUGUGUAAUACAGCAACUUCUGCAAUGCCUGUGUUAUCCUAUUAUUUAUUUGUUUUACCAUUUGCCUUCAUGUGAAGGGAAGUGAUUUUCUGUGCCAAGGAAAGAGUGAUAGCACUUAUUAUUUUUUUCGUUUUUUUGAAAAUUUGUAUUUAACUCUUUGGCAUUUCUGUAGGCAGUGUCAAAUGUCAAUCUACAUGACAUUAAUUAGCAACCUUUACAUACAGUAAUGGAGCGUUGUUCCUGCAUUCAUAGGAUGCAUUAAUGAGUAUUUUGACACUCUACUGAGUUUUUUUUUGUGUGUUUCAUAGUGUUUGUCUGCAUUCUAAGAUCAUUUGCUUUCAAUAUUGAUUUUUUUCAUUUUUGAAUGUACACAGUGCAUCAGCUGUAUCUUUUACAGAAGGGGUGGUCCUUUUUACUCGGUGAAUUUUAUUUUAUGUAAUGUAGACUCUGUAAUAUUUUCUCUGCCAAAUGCUUGAUGUAUCUCACUGUGCUAUUGGUGUGCUCCAGUAUCAAUGUCCAUUCCAAAUUUGACCGUCAGGCUUUUAUGAAAGUGUCAAAUAACACAGUAAAGGCAUUUUCAGACAUCACAAA